AUCUUAUUCAGUUGAACUUGUAAUUGUUAAGAUUAUAGAGUUUUUGUUGUACAAUCUGUACAAAAAAAACGCUAUUGUAGCCGGUGGUGGUGUUGUAUUUUUGAGUGAAAAAGUGUCAUUUGGUGGGGUAUAGAACCUUAGGUAAAGACAGAUUGUUCAAUUAAUAUCAUAUUCUGGAGACUUAAUAGUGAUCAUUUGAUAUAGCUAGAGUUAUAUAACUGUUUACAUAAAAGUGUACAAUGGGUUUAACGACGCAGCCGGAUUGCAGUCAUGAACAGCAUGAAUAGUGUGGAUGGGGGUGAGGCUCCCCUCUCCUGUUAGUUGACGGGUCUCAUCCUGUGUUGUUGACUUUAUGGCAUCCUGUCGCACUAUGUUUUAAACCACUAUGCUAGCUAGAGCCCAACAAUUACUCGAUCGGUUCGUUGAUGACCACCACUUCUGGAGAUUGUUGCAAGAAAUGGGAGUGUAACACAAGGGAGACUACGAACACUGGUUUGAUUCCAUUUUGGCCAUUUACGAGAUGCCUGAGGUCCGGGACCUUUCUGAGGCGUUGCCCGAGAUGCCUAUGGACCCCAUCACUGGAGUUGGCGUUGUAGCUUCCAGGAGCAGGGCACCAACCGGUUAUGAUGUUGUGUCGACAACAACAGAUGGUUUGGAUGCUGAUCUUUGGAAAGAUGGACUUUUCAAGUCCAAGGUGACCCGCUACCUGUGCUUCACCAGGGUCUUCUCCAAGGAAAAUAGCCAUUUAGGAAAUGUUCUUGUUGACAUGAAGCUGAUUGAUAUCAAGGACACACUCCCUGUCGGCUUCAUUCCAAUCCAGGAGACUGUUGACACUCAGGAGCAGGCAUUCAGAAAGAGGCGACUCUGCAUAAAGUUUAUUCCCCGAGACUCAACAGAGGCAGCCAUCUGUGACAUUCGUAUCCUUGGAAGGUCCAAGCAGGCUCCGCCUCAGUACACCUUUAUUGGAGAACUAAACAACAUGGGUAUCUGGUAUCGCAUGGGUACUGUGCCGCGAACUCAGGACACCACUCAUACAUCAUCUGUGAAUGACGUCCAGAAUAUGAAUUCUACCUCCUCUUCCGCCUCUGUCCCCGCACCUCCAAUGACCAAGAAUAUUUCCAUGACCCUUCCUGCCAGUUUCAGAGGGAAAAACACGACCAGACCAGAUUAUGAGCACCAAAAUUCAAACCUCUAUGCAAUCUCAGCAAUGGAUGGUGUGCCCUUCAUGAUCUCUGAGAAGUUUGCAUGCGCCUCGUCAGAAUUGCAGCAGGUGGACCUCAUUGGUAUCACCAUCAAAACGUUGGCUGAGAUUGAGAAAGAGUAUGAUUACAGUUUUCGCACGGAGCACAGCGCCGCAGCCCGCCUACCUCCCAGUCCAACUCGGACCUCCUUGAGCUCCGAGGCCUGAUGAAUCCACUUCAGCCCCCCCACCUGCGCCCCUGCAGAUACACCGACAGGAAACGCCUGCUUGUAUUUAUUGAGGGCCACCCCACUUGGACUUGCAUACACUCCACUCACCCACAACAACUGUGUGGAGGAAGGGAAAUAUCAGUUGGAGUUCUCUGUCAGGAAGCAUUUUAUUCAAGUGAAACGGAGAAGUUCAAUGUGAGGAGAACCACUGCACACGACACUGAGUCCAUGCUGAGUUUAAAAAUGGAAUGGGAUAGCCCACUGUUUUAAUGUAUUGGGGGAAAUUUAGAUUCAUAACUUAAAACAUACUGUUUCUGUGUAUUUCUGUCAGUUGAGUCAAAAAGAUGUUUGGAGCCAUGAAUCCUUUGCCCGGUGAUUUCCACUGAUUGAUUUUGGGCAUUGAUUCAUUUUGCUGUCAACACGUUCCUGUAACCAUGCUUCAUGUUUUAAUAAUUAGCAUGCGUGCUGAAAUGUUUAUGAGCCAGCAUGCUAUAUAUUGACACUGACUGACCUUUGCAAGACUAGAACUAUGAGACUACAACCAGGUCUGGAUAGAGCUUACCUAACAACACCAAUGUUUUUAAGAGUUUUAUUUAAACCAUACAAUUGCACUCCAAAUUAUUCAAACCUUACAGAAAUUAUAUUUAUUUGGAAGAAAACAAAAACAGUGUAGCGAUAGUACAGAUCAUCACAUUUCCUUUAAUGGCCAUUAGGAUUGUCACAAUGAACUUGACUCACAAGAUGAAAACAAUGACGCAAUAUAGGACUGGACAAACUUUUUUUGCUGAGUCACUAAACAAUGCAGGUACAUUUUUAAAUGUUUUAUAACUUUGCACGCAGGGCCUAAGCAUCACAUUUUUAACUGUUGAACUGUAAAACGUAAAAUAAUGAGGGCAGGUGAAACUGCUCCCACUAAUCAUUCAUAUUGAUGUGUAGUUGUGUAAAGACACACGGAAAAUAGACGAUUGCAGUAGAUUUAUGUUCACACGAAAAGAAUUACAGUUCGCUACAAGGGAGCGAUGAAAUAGAUGCUACUAUCACAUGUCAUAUGCAGCAAUUGUGUUUUGAUCUGACAAAUCUUAAGUAGCUUUGAGCACAUUUAGAAUUACUACUGCUUCUUGGACAUUAGCUGGGAACACCAAGGUAGGUAGGACUGCAAGGUUUAUAGUGUGCGUAAAGCACCUGAUGUGCAGUUCCGAUCCUGCAUUGCCACUUCCACAUAAGCUCACAGUCCUUCACGUGACGUCCUUAUGGCUAUCUAUUGAAAGUUGGUACGUUUUGAAAAUAAUGUCAUUCACAAAGCGGCUUGUAUAAUUUCAAGUGCAACUGUGUGCUUUAUCUUAAAAUGCCUGUCAUGUUUAAAAGGUGCGUGAGAGUUGUUUUUGUCAUCGUCUUUUUAAUCUGCAUAUAGAUAUUGUCCAUAUUAAAUAGUUUUCCUUAA